UUUCAUCGUCAAUUUUCCCUCUUUUGUUCUCCGUUCAAAUCAAAAUUAAUUGGAAAAAUCCAAGUAAAUUGGCAUGAAAAUCCAUGGCUUGCUAUCAAAAUUCAACUCAUCAAUUCUGGAGAGCUCUUCAUUGCUUCGGAAAGCACUUUUCAGCAACCCAAAGGGCUUACAAAAGCUUCAAAUUUUCACCAGCAAAAUCUUUUCUCACUUAUUCUACAUCCCCAGAUUUGCAAAAGGAUUAUAGCAAACUGUCUUGGAGUUUGAGGUCUAAUUUUUCGGGGAUUGCUUCGAGUAGUAGUGGUAUUACUAAUAGCAGUGGUGAUGUUAUUAAAGCUGCUGGAAAUGUGCAAAUGCAAAGGGAAAGUGCUAUUCUGGGUUCUGAUCAGAGUGAAGAUAAGUUGGUGGAAAAUGUUGAUUCUUCCAAGGGCAGAGUGAUGCUUAUCGAUGGCACGUCAGUUAUUUAUAGAGCGUAUUAUCGGCUUCUUGCUAAACUACAUCAUGGUCAUCUUUCCCAUGCUGAUGGUAAUGGAGAUUGGGUCUUGACUAUUUUUACGGCUCUGUCUCUUAUAAUUGAUGUACUGGAGUUCGUUCCUUCACAUGUAGCGGUGGUUUUCGACCAUGAUGGAGUUCCAUUUGGUCAUACGUCUGUUUCAUCCCAACAAAAUUUUGUUUCAAAAGGCCUUAACUUUCGUCACACCCUUUAUCCGUUGUACAAAAGCCAUCGUCCUCCUACACCUGAUACCAUUGUUCAGGGACUUCAAUAUCUGAAAGCAUCCAUCAAGGCUAUGUCUGUUAAAGUGAUUGAGGUUCCAGGGGUUGAGGCUGAUGAUGUAAUUGGGACCCUGGCUUUGAGGAGUGUUGAUGCUGGAUUCAAGGUGCGAGUAGUCUCCCCAGACAAAGAUUUUUUUCAAAUCCUAUCUCCUUCGUUGCGCCUUUUGCGGAUUGCUCCUCGUGGAUUUGAGAUGGUUUCAUAUGGCAUGGAUGAUUUUGCUGAACAAUAUGGAUCGCUGACGCCUUCUCAGUUUGUUGAUGUUGUUGCCCUUGUUGGUGAUAAGUCUGACAACAUACCAGGAGUGGAUGGGAUUGGAGAUGUUCGUGCCGUGCAAUUAAUAACAAAAUUCGGUACAUUGGAGAACUUGUUGGAAUGUGUUGAGCAAGUCAGUGAGGAGAGAAUCAGGCAGGCCUUGAUAAUGAACACUGAACAAGCUAUCCUAAGCAAGAAUCUGGCAAUGCUACGUUGUGACCUGCCAUCGUAUAUGGUUCCUUUUGCAACAAAUGACCUCUUGUUUAAGAAGCCAGAGGAUGAUGGGGAGAAAUUCACAAGCCUCUUGACAGCAAUAAGUGCUUAUGCAGAAGGAUCCUCAGCAGAUUCUAUCAUCAGAAGAAUGAUUUAUUUGUGGAAGAAGCUUGAAAAGAAGCAAUUGAGAUGAUAGUCUUUAUUGAUCACUCUAACUGUUCUUAUUUGCUAAUGGAAGAUGUCUUUUGUGUACAUCCCGUUGUACAGAGUAAAUUGUUGCUCUCUUUGGAUCAUAGCUUGCUUGUAAUUUCGGGUUCCGGGCUAAACAAGAUUCAGUCAAUCACAUAUAUGGGAAACUUUACAAGUGAUCUGACUAAGCGAGGAUGGUAACAUAAAACAUGGACAGCGGAAGAAAAUAUGGCACCUGAUGUGGUCAUUUAAAAUCCAUUUUCGGGUCAAGCAAACAUCUUUUAGUCGAAUGUAUGGAGCGGUUGAAACUUGCUUCUUGUGCCUUCUAGUAUAUGCUGUGUAUGCUAACGUUUUGAUCUGCUAGUUUGAAUGAUAGAAAAGAAGAAAAAAUGUGGAUUAGUAUUUGAGAAGCAAAUGACUUGAUUUUGUCAAGUUGUUUUGCAUUCUGCGUCUAUCCUUGUAUUCGCGUGGGAAUUCCAGAUCUUUUACACUCAA